UACAUUUAAUUGUUUGUAACAACGCUUUGACUGACGAAAACAAAUCAAUGGAUUUCUAGACUCAAUAAUUAAUGACAAAAUAACUAUUGUUUCGCAUUUUUAUCGGACAUUCAAACAAUUGGACACAAAAAUAAUGAUUAGAUUAUCGAAAAAAAUUAAAGAAAAGCAAUCGUCGGAAGAAAACAAUAACCAACGGAUCCGACCGUUAAUACGGGACGCACUCCUCGUCAAAGAGGUGCAAGAGAUGGAGCGCCAAAUGCCCGACAAGUGUUAUGCGGUGUUUCCCAACGCCAAUGAGUUGUUUCGUUUUGAUCUCUGUAUUACACCGUCGGAUGACGAGUGCUUUUGGUCCGGAGGGCGCUUCUGGUUUACCAUCGAUGUGCCCAAAGAGUACAAUAUUCUUGUAAUGCAUAUAUUUUUUGCAUAUCAUUGAAUCAA